AUGGAAGCCUUUGCUAGCUUUGUCACCUCUUCGAGCUCUAAUGGCACAAUCAAUGGUAUUAACCUACCCAAUGGUGGACCUAUUUUAACCCAUCUUAUUUUUGCAGAUGAUGUUAUGUUGAUGGGAGAGUGGUCGGAGAAUAAUAUUCGCAAUAUUGGGCGUCUAAUGAGGGGAUUUUACUUGGUCUCGGGCGUGAAAUUAAACUUGAAUAAAUCAUGUCUUUAUGGUAUAGGCGCUUCAAGGGGAGAAAGUGAAACGUUGGCUGGAGAAUUAAAAUGCAAACAUGGUACCUCCCCCUUUGUCUACCUUGGGGUCAAAGUUGGAGGAAAUAUGAAGCUAUACAACAAUUGGCCACCAGUCACUGAUAAAUUCUCCUCUCGUCUAUCGCUGUGGAAAGUGUUGACUCUCUCCAUAGGUGGAAGGGUUACCCUUAUAAAGGUCGUUCUAGACAGUUUACCUCUUUACUACUUUUCUCUCUACCCGGCUCCAAAAACGGUUCUUUCUAAACUUGAAAAGUUGCGAAGGUUGUUUUUUUGGGGAGGCUCGGAGGAUAAAUCUAAGAUGAGUUGGGUAAGAUGGGAUAAAGCGAUCUCCCCUAUUGAUCAAGGUGGUCUCGGUUUGGGUCGUCUAAAAGAUGCAACCUAA